AUGGCUAUUUUCCUAACACCUUCUGCAUCGAUCAAUGCUGCUGGUGCAUACUUUCUCCUUUUGAUGUCACUUCAUCGAGAUCCAUUACAUUGUAUUAGUUCUCAUGUUUGUGGCACGCAUUCUCCCCAAGUCAUUAAACACUACAACUGGCCUCACAGACCGGUUCGAAUUUUUACAUAUCUUAUUGGACGAGACUCCAGCAGUAAAAGCAAUCUUUAUGAUAUGGCUUGUACAAACAAAGGCUACUUUGUCCAAAUCAACUCCCUUGAAGACGCUCGAGAGAAAGUUAUCGAGUAUGCGCUCGUAAUGGCUCGUCCUAUGGUCAUGUACCAACAAGACCAUCCUAUUCACUGGAGCCCUGUUUUUAUGGCCGGGAUGUCUAGCGGAUUAGGGCAAGAAAAUAAUAAUAAGAGACGUCUUGUUACAACAGUUUCAACGCCCGUUUUUGAUCGGAGGAAUUAUUCAAUUCGUGUCGCAAACAUAUUAGGUGUGGUUGGAACCGAUGUGCCGAUUGAGGAAAUUCAGAAAAUGAUACCUCAAUACAAAUUAGGAGUAAAUGGAUAUUCUUUCAUAAUAGACAAUAAUGGAAGAGUUCUUUAUCAUCCUGAUUUAAGACCAUUAAGUGAUAAUGGACAGUAUAUUGAUCAAUUGAAACCAAAGUAUUCGUCAGGAGACAUCACCGAGAUAGAACUACCAGACACUGAAUUUCAGGAUGAUCCCGAUUUACUGGAAGAGAACAAAAACCUGUUGCAUGACAUGCGUUAUGAAAUGAUUCAACAACAUAGGGGAGAAACCGAACUCAGGGUUUUAACUCACUUCGACAGCAUGAAAAGAGUAGCGAGUAGAACGUUAAAAUACUUUUAUGGUCCUAUAGAGGGUACUCCAUUUGCUCUGGCUCUUGCGCUUCCUGACAAAUAUGGUAGUCAUGAAUUAGUCUCACAUCAAGAGAUUCGUCACUCGAGAAGUAAUGGUAAGCUCUUUAAUCAAUAA